AUGGCUAGUUCUAUGCCCACUGAUGAUAAUUUCAAUAUCGAGAGCUUCCUCCCCGACGAACUCAAGGCUCUUGAUUUCCCCAUGGAAGACAUUGAAGAGUGUGUUGAAGACGAAGAUUGGUAUGCGCAAUUCCAAAACCUCGAACCGCCUUCCUUUGAAGAUUUGUUUUGUCCAAGAGAUUUGGAUGGUAAUGACGACAUGAAACCUAAGAACCUCUCCACUUCGUAUGGACAAACUUCUCAGCGAAAUCAAUUACCAAGGACUGCUGCUAAAACUACCCGAGGCAUAAGCAGUAUUCGCAGCGAGGACCUUGAAAGUAUUGGCUCUUGUGCUGCUCAAUUUGAGCCCAAGUUCGAAAAGCGUACCCGAAGCAAGCUUUCACGAAGCAAGCGUUCAAGCCCUGCUAUUUUCAAUACUCAGUUCUUCCCCAGCACCUCAUCCAACUCCUCUGCCUCUGAAAAUUUAUAUCAUUGGGAUGCUUCUGAAUCAGACUUAGAAGGCUCUCUCACUGAGGAGAUGUCGAACGCUGCCAAAAGAAAACAAAAGAAGAAAAGGAAUAUAUCACAGCUCUCAAGUGCAGAGAUGAGAAAGCUCUCCCAGGAGGAACCAGGUGAGAGUCGGGAGACUAAAAGAUGCAUGCACUGUGCAGUGACGAAGACCCCUCAGUGGAGGGAAGGGCCACUAGGACCAAAGACCCUCUGCAAUGCGUGCGGGGUUCGUUAUAGGUCUGGCCGUCUCUUUCCAGAGUACCGCCCUGCUGCAAGUCCUACAUUCGUUGCGUCGGUCCAUUCCAACUCCCACAAGAAGGUUAUAGAGUUGAGAAACAAGGGUUGCCAGGGGGCUACUAUGGGAAUUUUAUCCUCGGCCCAGUAG